UUUUGGGGAAUAUCAAUGCUUUUUUUUGCACAAGGUUUGAUCCGUGACCAUGUUUUGAAAUACGCAAUCGCGCAUGCUUUGUGAAACAAGAUAUUUUCAUCACGCAAAAUCUGCCAAAACCAUAAAACUAACACAUGCUUCAAAGGUUGUGCUUUCCAACAUGUUGAAGGUUUGUGCUUUGCAACAUGUUUGAUCCAAAACUGGAUUAGUAAAUGCUUUGUGCUUUGUAAUGAAUUGGAGUAUGUGUUUUGCAUUACGCUUACUAAUUUUAGUGUGACGCACAACACAAUGUAUCUUCUCAGCUCAUUGAUUAGAGCAUAUGUAGCAGAUACCGUAUGUGGGUAAUCCGCAAAACUAUUAUGUGGGUUAACUAAAAACGUUUUUACAGGGUCAUUUCACAUCGGGGAAAAACAAAUGCUGCAAUUUCAAACCGUGAAUUCGGGUGUCGAAUCGCAUCCUCAGAAACAGCAAAGAACACCAUCAAGAAUACAAACGCGUCAUCACAUUCUCAAGUUCAUACAGUUCAUCACAGGACAUAGAAAAUAAACGUUAACCUCCUCGCAAAAUAAAUAAACGUUGACCUAAUAUUAAGAGGAGCGUUUUUAACCUAAGCAAAAUGCAGCCGUCUUCUCGUAGGUGCAGCUCACUCCUCGUCGUCAUAGCCUCAUAGGUGUAGGAUUCAACAUUUUAUGACGUUCAAAUCCUACGCUUUUUUAUGUUAUUGUAUUUUUUAUACAAUGCGAAUCAAAGGCUGAAAGUUGCUGUUUCAGCUGCUCCUUACAAGUGUAUUUCCCAUCCGUUUGUAACUUGUGACCCCGUGAGAAUGAAGCCUCAAUAAUUGUAAUUUACUCUUAAUUUUUAGGCGGGGAGAGCAGUAAUAAGCACUGUAACUUGUUCCGAUCUGUAUAUAUCCUCUGACGAUGAGUAAUUUCAUGGCCUAACACGGCUCACGCAUGCCUACCGCAUAUAUAUACCAUCAAAAUCACAACAAGUGCAGCUAGCCGCGAAACAUAAAGAAAAGCAGUGAACCUCCUGCCCUGUCUCAGCUAGCCCGGUUUCACUGUUUCCCCCCAAGCUCGAUCGUCGCGACAAAAACACAAGGAAAGGCCAAAGUUCCGUUCCGUUCAAUUCAAUUCAAUGGCGGCGAUCACGAUGACGGCGUUGCCGAGCUCCGUGGAUCACCAGGUCGUGAUCCCGCUGCUGAAGUGCCCCAUAGCAGCAGCAGCAGCAGCAGCCAUGAUCCCGACCGUGGACCUGUCGUCCCCGGGCGCGGCGAGGGCCGUGGCGGAGGCCUGCCGCGGCGUGGGCUUCUUCCGGGCCACAAACCACGGCGUGCCCAGCUCGCUCGCCGCCACGCUAGAAGCCGACGCCAUGGCCUUCUUCGCGCUUCCCGACAAAGACAAGCAAUCCACAACGACGACGACGACCCCGGCCCCCGGCCCAGGCAGCGCGCGCCCUUCGCUGGGGUACGGCAGCCGGCGCAUCGGCUCCAACGGCGACGUCGGCUGGCUCGAGUACCUCAUCCUCUCCCUCGGCUCAAACUCCGUGCUCCCGGCGUCGCUCCGGCUCGCGCUGCACGAGUACACGCGUGCCGUCAGGGAACUGAGCGGCCGGGUGCUUGAGCUCAUGGCGGAAGGGCUCGGGAUCGUCGGGGAAACGGAGCGAGGCGUGCUGAGGAGGAUGGUGGCUGGCAGCGAAGAGGAGCUGGUACGGGUGAACCAUUACCCGCCGCCGACGACAGAGCGGGACGAAGACGACGACGGCUGCGUGGGAAUAACGGGGUUCGGGGAGCACACGGACCCGCAGCUCAUCUCCUUGCUGAGGUCCAACCGCACGGCGGGGUACCAGAUCUUGCUCCAGGAAGCCGACGAGGCGCGAUGGGUCAACGUGGCUCCUGACCCGGAUUCCUUCUUCGUCAACGUCGGAGACACCCUGCAGGUGCUGACCAACGGGCGGUUCAGGAGCGUGAAGCACAGGGUACUGGUGGCACCGGAGCGCGGGGGGAAGGCGUCGAGGCUGUCGGUGAUCUACUUCGGCGGGCCGGCGCCGGCGCAGCGGAUCGCGCCGCUGCCGGAGCUGAUGCGGGAAGGGGAGCGGAGCCUCUACAGGGACUUCACCUGGGGAGAGUACAAGGCUGCCGCAUACAAGACCCGCCUCGGCGACCACCGCCUCGGACCCUUCCAGGUGCAGCUGCUCCCCCCUGCCGCCGCCAAAGCGUGAAAGGAACGUACGUGGAGUUUUGUUGUGCAGUCCAUAUAUGUGGAAACUGGAAAAAAGCACUUGUCUUUUGCCUUCUUUUGCAAACCCAAAACUGGCACGGCCUAUGAUAGCCUAGCGCGAUCCUUAAGGAUUGCUAGAGCAUGAUUCCUAUAUAUGGUGCCGACGCCCACAUUGUUGAAGCCAUUUCCCGAACGAUGGGCAUGUACCUUCUUUCCUUAGUAAUAGGGCUUAACCACCUUGUCUGGAACUCGACCGGACAGUGCAAAUGGGUGGAUCGUCAUAAACGAUUUAGGAUAUGAUUGUUGUCAUUUGGAUGAUUCCUUUUAGGCA